AUGGAAGACGAGAGUAAACUCUCUGUGGAGGAAUACGAAUCCAUGUGUGCUCAAGUGGAAGCGUACAUUCAACAGCCUAAUUCCAAGGACGAAGUAUUCUGGCCUAUGUUAAAAACACGACACAUCCCGGAGGAUUGGAAAGUCCGAUGGGGUCUACUUCGGACAGCUUUGAAUAAGUAUGCUUGCACUUUUGUCUUUGAGCACUCGGAUCUAGGAACAUCAUACUCUUAUGCGGACUGGAAAGCUGGGAGGACCCAGAAUGCAAUUGUUGGCCCACCGCACAACGACCAUGUCUGCCGCCCGGAUUUCAAACGGUCUCAAUUCAUGGAGGAAAACCCCUGGCUAGUCUAUCUUGAAUAG